GAAGAAUCUUCAUUUGCGUCUUACCCCGGGUUUUUCUGACGUCGACCCUUUCCUCGCUUCACGCCCCCCACCGGUCGCAUUUCAACCUCCUCGCAUUUCUCCGCUAUUCACAGCUCGACCACCAUGACUUCGAUCAGUAGUAGGCCAAUACCCUUGGAUCUGAACGCGAUGGACUCCUUGAAUAGACAAAGCUUAGCGCAGAGUGCUUCACCUGCAGGCCAAGAUACGCCCGGUAUGAGGGGUUCAAUCAGCACGGACUUCUUCAAGUUCUUUGGCGCUGGAGGACAGGCUAAGAAGACUACUCGAGACGGGCAACCUGCCAAACGAAGAGGACCAAAACCCGAUAGCAAACCAGCUCUUACGCGGCGACAAGAGUUGAACCGUCAGGCGCAGAGGACACAUCGUGAGCGGAAGGAGCAAUACAUCAGAGCGUUGGAGAGCGAAGUUGCGCGGUUGCGGGAAGCGUACACUCAGGAGAUAUCUGCUGCGAACCUUGCUGUUCACCAACAUCGUGAAAUGGCCAACUCCAUAUCGGAGGAAAACAACAUGUUGAAAGAGAUCCUAGUGGCCCACAAUAUCAAUUACGAUGCUGAAUUGGAACGCCGCAGAGCCGAGCGACAGAUGGGAUCGGGAUUCCACUCCAGUCCCGUUGGAGCUGGGAGCGUUGGAUCGCAGACGGGCAUCGCUUCGCUUACGGCGCAUACUUACAGCACGCCGCCAACGACGGUGUCAUCAGGAAUGAGCCCGAAAUUUAAUGGAGUGGAAAAGUUCGACUUCUCGUCAGUUCCGGACGUCGGGCCGAACAAUCAGGGUAUUGCUACAGUACCGUGUGAUGCACUUGCCGCCAUAGACCGUCGCCCGCCGAUUCAAGGAGCGGGGAUAUUUGAAGACAAUCCCCAGCUUCAGAUUGACUUCAUUCUAGCGCUGGAAUCACCCUGUCGAGAUCAUACCGACUACCUCUGCCGACGAUCCAUCACUGAAGCCGAUGAUGAGGACAUGCCAUUUUCAGGGCACGCGCUGAUGGCCACCUGCCCACCGCCAAGCUACAUCGCCAAUACUACGAGCGAGCAAACAUAUCCGCACAAGACCUACGACCUGCCGCAUGCUAACCUCACAACGCUACUCAAUCUUAGCCGACAACUAGUCACUGAGGGACAGGUUACCCCGAUAAUGGCACUCCAGGCUCUAAAGAACCAUGAGAUGUAUACGAAGUUGACGCGGGACGACGUUAAACUGAUCAUGGACACGCUUGAGAACAAGGUGCGCUGCUACGGAUUCGGGGCGGUCCUAGAGGACUUUGAACUCAUGGACUGCUUUAGCAGCGUCCUGGGGUCAAAAGUGGAGGGUUCCGGCCCCGUCGGCGUUGCGUUUUCCCGGCAUGCUGAUGAGACGAUGUAUUCAUGACCUGACAGCUCGCUUUUUUUCUGAGCUUUCUAAUGCCCUUAUUUCCCAUUUACUUUACUGCCGAUUCCUAACCAUCCGCAGAAACUGUAUAUAUAUCAUUCUCUUCCUCUUCGAGCGUUGUUCCCUUUCUACCCUCACCCUUCGGUCGCUAUAUAUAGUUUCAUUUCUUUCUUUGGGUUAAGCGCUAUACCAGGUCUUCAUAGCAAGGGCGGUUCAUUCCUA